AUGAGUAGUAAGAAUACUCGUAUCGCCAUUGUGAGCGAAGAUAAAUGUAAACCAAAGAAGUGUCGUCAAGAAUGUAAACGUUCAUGUCCGGUGGUCAAGACGGGUAAACUGUGUAUCGAAGUAUUGCCAACUUCGAAAAUUGCCUUCAUCUCCGAGAUUUUGUGUAUCGGUUGUGGUAUUUGUGUGAAGAAGUGUCCUUUUGGUGCGAUCAACAUUAUCAAUCUGCCUACUAAUUUGGAGGCACACGUGACGCAUCGUUAUUCUGCUAAUAGUUUCAAAUUGCAUAGAUUACCAACUCCAAGACCUGGUCAGGUUCUUGGUCUUGUUGGUACCAAUGGUAUCGGUAAGUCUACAGCUUUGAAAAUUCUAGCGGGGAAACAGAAGCCAAAUUUGGGACGUUAUGAUGAUCCACCAGAAUGGCAAGAGAUUAUCAAGUAUUUCCGUGGGUCUGAAUUGCAAAACUACUUUACGAAGAUGCUGGAAGAUGACAUCAAGGCCAUUAUCAAACCACAAUACGUUGAUAAUAUUCCUCGUGCGAUCAAAGGACCUAUACAAAAAGUUGGUGAAAUUUUAAAAUUGAGAAUGGAAAGAUCUCAGGAUGAGGUUAAAUACUUUAUCAAAAUCAUGGAUUUACAGAACGUUUUGAACAGAGAGAUUAGUAAAUUGUCGGGUGGUGAGUUGCAAAGAUUUGCCAUUACUAUGUCUUGCGUUCAAAAGGCCGACGUUUAUAUGUUUGAUGAGCCAUCUUCAUAUUUGGAUGUUAAACAACGUCUCAACGCUGCUUUAGUCAUUCGAUCUUUAUUGGACCCUCAAACGUACGUUAUUUGUGUGGAGCAUGAUUUAUCUGUUUUGGAUUAUUUGUCCGAUUUUGUUUGUAUUAUUUAUGGUGUCCCAUCAGUCUAUGGUGUUGUUACAUUACCUUCCUCUGUUAGAGAAGGUAUCAAUAUUUUCCUUGAUGGUCAUAUUCCAUCAGAAAAUCUAAGAUUCAGAACUGAAGCGUUACAAUUCAGAUUAGCUGAUGCUAACGAUGAUCUAAGGGACGAUGCGACUCGUGAUUAUUCGUAUCCUGCAAUGAAACGUACUCAAGGUGAUUUCGUUUUAAAUGUUGAAUCUGGUGAGUUUUCUGAUUCUGAAAUUUUAGUUAUGAUGGGUGAAAAUGGUACUGGUAAGACAACUUUAAUUAAAUUGCUAGCCGGUGUUAUUGAAGCGGACGAUGGUCAAAAAGUUCCAAAACUAAACGUGUCAAUGAAGCCACAAAAGAUUGCACCAAAAUUUCCAGGUACCGUGAGACAAUUAUUUUUCAAAAAGAUCAGAGGUCAAUUUUUGAACCCACAGUUUCAAACCGAUGUUGUUAAACCUUUGAAGAUUGAUGAUAUCAUCGACCAAGAAGUUCAACAUUUAUCUGGUGGUGAAUUACAAAGAGUUGCCAUUGUAUUGGGCUUGGGUAUCCCAGCUGAUAUCUAUUUGAUUGAUGAACCUUCUGCUUAUUUGGAUUCCGAACAACGUAUUAUAUGUUCUAAAGUUAUCAGAAGAUUUAUUCUGCAUAACAAGAAAACAGCCUUUAUUGUUGAGCACGAUUUCAUCAUGGCAACUUAUUUAGCUGAUAAAGUUAUCGUUUUCGAAGGUCAACCAUCAAAGAAUGCAUUUUCAGGGUCACCAGAAUCUCUGUUGACAGGUUGUAAUAGAUUCUUGAAAAAUUUAAAUGUUACCUUUAGAAGAGACCCAAAUUCGUUCAGACCAAGAAUUAAUAAACUUGAUUCUCAAAUGGACAAAGAGCAAAAGUUAUCUGGUAAUUAUUUCUUCCUGGAUAAUGUCAACGUUUAA